AUGGGGGAAUUGACCAUUUUCGAUGAAGCCGAAAUGGAGUGUACCAACCUUGGUGGAAGAUUGGCAAUCAUCAGCUCGUCGGAAAUUAAUAUGUUCCUAACAGAGGUGGUAUCACCCGCUCUGUCAACUGCUCAUUGUUACUGGUUUGGGAUGAGACAAAGCUCAGACAGCGACCAAUUUACCUGGAGUGAUGGUACCCAACUAAGUGACCCCAUAUGGGCUCCUGGAGAGCCAUCAAGGUCUACAGGACGGUCCUGUGAAUGUUUGUGGUCUGAUGGAAACAAUGCUGACAAUCACGGUCGAUGGGACAGUAGGACUUGUACAUUUACACUGCCUUACAUCUGUGAAAGGUCACAAGUCCCAUUGACUGGCAGAUGGAUUGAUAUUCCCGAAGUACAAAACGUUCGGUAUUACUUUUCACCAUUCGCAACCGACUAUCUCAUUGCAAAUGAAUAUUGUCAACAGAUUGGUGGACAGCUAGCACAGUUGAAAACAUUUCAUAUUAACUUAGCAGUGAGAGUUCAUUUUACAACCAUUGGAGUCAAUGAGUAUUGGUUUGGCCUUGAUGAUCUGAGCAAGGAAGAUGUUUUCCGAUGGAAUGACGGGACAUUGUUAGAAAUGACAGGUUACUCUGGAUGGUCAGAAUGGGGCCCUAAUAAUUAUGUAGGAACCGAACACUGCGUUGAGGAUAUCGUCAACUUCGCCGUCUGGAAUGAUUUACCAUGCAGCGUAUCACCAAUCCGUAGAUUUGUCUGCGAAAAAUCAGAAGUAAAACCUAAAUAUCUUCUUGCCAUGACUUCAUCCACUUUCGGGAGUACCGGGACGCCCCCUAGUUUCUCUUGUAUACUGUCACCUGACAAAACACAGGAUACCAUAACCUACACGGAGAGAGUAGUUAGACCGAGCCUCACUCCCGAAGGUUAUACACUGGACGUCCCGGGCUCAGAAACAACUCAGACUGGUGGCUUUACACAGAACCUACCUGAUGAUACGACGUCCGUUGGUGUUUAUAAGUGUUCCACCACAUCUACAUCUACUGGUACUUCAACAUCUGUAGAUGUAACGAUCCUUUCACAAGACCGAUAUUUUCAACCGAGUGACGGUCGCCUCACCAAAACAGUUUAUCCCGGUGAAGACAUCACGCUCUCAGUGUCUACCACUUAUAGCUAUUUAUCAGGAUCGGAUGAAAUCCGUUGGAGCACCUUCUCAAACCUUGCUGAAGGAUCUCUGGCUCCAGAUGGAGAUGGAGCUCUAACCUAUACUAUUCGUUCAGCAACUAAGAGAAAUGCAGAUAUCUACGGGACAUUCCAGAGUAAUAUGGUGGAUAAUCGUCUUUACAGCUUGUUUCGCGUCAUAGUUAGUGAUUGUCCACGUGGCCGAUGGAACCUACCGUUAUGUGAUCGUCUGUGUGAUAACUGCUACAAUGGAGGAAUCUGUCAUCCUCAAUCAGGAACGUGUAUCUGUCCUCCAGGAUUCAGGGACAAGAAUUGUCUCACUGCAUGCGGUAAAUACCGUUUUGGAUGGGAUUGUGAACUUGAAUGUGGUGCUGGUAAUGUUCUGGAUGCUUGCAGCGGAAGUCAGAUCUGCCUACCCGAUCCUUAUGGAUGCAACUGCCUCUCUGGUUACACAGGAAUAUACUGCGAUGAACAAUGUACUCCAGGAAAGUUUGGUGUUGACUGCCUUCAAGAUUGUCACUGUGCUGGAGGGAUACCAUGUGAUGCUUUCACUGGAAGAUGUGAAGGAAGCUGCGAGGAUGGUUGGUCAGGAGACGGUUGUCAAGUUCCAAAUGUCUGCCCUGCUGGAUUCAUAGGGAUAAAUUGCACGGAGUUCUGCAACUGUCCUGAAUUGUCAGAAUGUGAGAUGGAUUCAGGGUUCUGUACUUCAACACACGGACAAUGUGAGAUUGGAUAUGUUGCUGAAUCUCCAGAAACACCUGACCGCUGUUCCACUUUUUCUGGAUGUUUUGACUCUUGUUCGAAAACAUGCCAUUGUGCUGGUGGUUUUGAAGAUUGCGACCUAGAGACAGGGAUGUGUUCAUCAUGUCAUCCUCGUUGGAAGGGAGACAAUUGUCAAAUAGAUCGUUUUACCGUCAUAAGAGAAAAGACGAACCCAGGAAUCGCGAUCUUUUUCUGUACAUUUUCUCGUGAUUCAACGGAAAACGCCCUCUUAGUCAGAGCAAGUAUAGGAGACUUGUCUACCGAAAGUUUGGUAAACGAGCAGGGGGCUGAUACUCCAGCCGAACAGCUUUCAUUACAAUCAAACUUUAGCUUGUUCUCCGACGACAUUGAAACUCAAACCAUCUAUUGUUAUGUUGGUGAUUCAACGACCGGUGCUGUAUAUGCUUACGUCAGCCUUCCACCAACUGGUUCAUUCGUUCUGCCAGUGUUGAGAAAUCAGCCUCGAAUUGCAGAUCUAGGCUCUAACCACGUGGUAAUUGCUUGGGAUUCCUGGAACCCUGACGUCGACGUUGGUGAUGGUCCUAUCAUCGGGUACAGUGUCUAUGUUAGUUCAGGCACCUUUGUAACAGCGUCGGGUGUUCCAUUUGAAUCAUCAGGGACUUCGUCUUCGAGGAAAAGAAGAGGAUCACUGAAAUAUUUAUUUCACCUAAUUUCAACGGAAAGAAAUGACAACGGCGAAGUGGGCCUACAAACGAUCAAUGAUGAACUCUCACUCAAUAUUUCAUCUCGGAAGAAGAGACAGGGAAAUGUAGAAAGCCCGCUGAUGCACAAGAUUACGGGACUAGAUCAGGGUCAGUCGUAUGAAAUUCGGAUUUCAGCAGUUCGUGAGGGACUUAAGGGUGAAGGAGAAACGGGACCAGCUUUGAGUUUGACCACUCUCGAGGUACUUUCAGAACCAACUCGUGGCUCUUCUGCCAUUGGACUUAUCGUUGGUGGCGCUAUAGGUGGAAUAGUCAUCCUUCUGUUGAUUGCCAAUAUUGUGAUUAUACUUUUUAAAAGAAGGUGUGUUAGGGAUCCACCAAAGGAAAACCAGAACGUCAUGAACAGUGUUUUCAACAAUGAUGACUACGAUGAUACCGUUCUGCCAACCGAUGAGAUUGAGCAUCCCUACGCAGAACCUCAUUAUCAGUGCUCGUGAGGCGAAACCUACUCCAAAUGGAGGACGGUUUGCAAAUUUUACAAAAUAUGUAUAGGCCUAUGUCAGCUCUUGUCUCAUGAUUUUUGUUAUGGUAUUAUUCUUCGUAAUAAACCCAGGCUUAGGUUUGAUAACUUCCUUAUUAUUCUUUUACAGAUUCAUUUCAUAUUUCACGUAAUGAAAUACAAAAGAAAGUGAGUGGAGGACAUCAGUCUCUUCAUUUGCUUACUCACCAGUGCUGGCCGCACAGAAAUGUUAUCCUUACAGAGCGCCAACAGUAAGCCCAGUCACAUCUUUCGGAUUUUGUCAAAACAUUUAUUUCGAUGUGUAAGUAAUGCAUUGUUGUAACAUCAGGCAUCGGAGCCACAUUACUGGUUGUAACAGGGCCUCUGUUAGCGCAUUGUUAGAGCUAACAACGUUUCUGUGCGGUCAGUACCGGGAAGAAAAUAGAUUUUUUGGGGGGCCAUAAGGGCCAAAAAUAAAACGGCCGGGUAUUGAAGUGAAGUUUAAGCUUACAAGCCUGCCAAUUAUUCCCAUGGUUUUUUUUCAAAGUACAAAGCUACCAGGAAAUUAACUAAGUGAUUAAGAUCGCUUGAUCUUAUGACAUCCCAAAGAGGAUGUCAUUUUGUUUCUAUGGAAUAACAGAGUACGGAGGUGUGACGUCACUGCCAUGACAACGAACCGGUUGGUUCUAAACAGAGUCGCAGCUGACGAUCGUCUAUACACAUUUAUAUUUGCAAAAAUUACCAUCAUUCUGAGGUUGCAAGUGAUUAAAUUCCGUUAGCAGCCAUUUUCUCCAACGAGAAACACGCCCCAGGUUCAUUUGUUUAGAACCAGGCCGUCAUGACACCAUGGCAACUGACGUCAUCGCUUCGGUACUCUAUAGGGGUUAUAUACCACGAUCCAUAUCUGACCUCUUGAUAGGACCUAGUCUUCAUUAUUUCUUUCCUUCUCUUUUUCUUUUUCAUCAUUUUCCCCUUUUUCACGACUUUCACAAGCAUAGGGAAGCAAUUGCCUCUCGUAGCGACGCCCCUGGUAUAACGGAUAUCCUAAAGCUGUCUUCCCAAAGCCAUGCACAAUGCAACGGGAUCGUACAAAUUGGGAUGAGACGAACAUGCUUUAUCCGCGGUUCUGUUACGGCACAUUUUGGUAAAUUGCAUAUUUUGGUAAUCUCUAUCACUUGUGUAAUUUCUUGGUAGCUUUGUGCUUUGGAAUGACUGAGAAAAUUUUGCCUUCUUUUGUCUAGAUCACACUCCACUAACCCGCUCCUUUAUCAUUUUUUUUUUACUUAAGGCUGCCCAUAAACAUAUUCAAACUAAAAGAUAGGAAAUGAAGAAUUAAAAUAAAACACCAUUAUUGCUUAGGUUUGUUUUAUUUGCCAAUCAAAUAAAAUAACCAUCAUUUCAUUUCAGUUUGAUUGAACUUUAUGGCAAAUCAAAGGCAAAUGUACAUCUUAGGCUAUAAUCAUUGUUACCAAUGUACAAGUUUUCACUCAUAUCCAAGAUACAUAAGAACAAUUAUUCAAUAUUUUCAUGUUAAUAAGCAUGAUAAAUAAAAUGUCAAAAUUAACACAUAAUCAUCACUCGUUGUUUAGGUUUUCAACCUAUACCAUUGUCCCACAAUGAUGAAAAUUUCCAAAGUUAUACCAAUGUAUAAAAAGAUGGUACUAGUUUAUUUUCCAAUUAUCAGCCUAUUCUAUAACUUAUAAGUUCAUGUUUUUUAAAAUAUUAUAAAGGGGGGUUUACGAUAGAUUAGACAAGUUUAUGACUAGCUACAAAUUACUCAAUAACCACCAAUACGGAUUCAGGAAAUUUCAUUCCACUGAAUAAUUAUGUUAUUUAUCGUAAUAUACUUUUAAACAAGCUUUACCAUUGUCGGAUUCGUGGUGCUUGCUUGGACUUGUUCUGUAGUUAAUUUUCUUGAUGAUGAUGUCUAUAUGUUAAUAGGUUUUAGUUUUGUUUUUACGAUUUUUUUUUUAUUCGAACCAUGCUUUUCUUUAAUAC